AAAUGAUCACAAGUACAUACACAGAGUGAGCUGUGCUAGAUCAAGGCGAAUCUAAGAAAACGAAAUGCCAACAUUAGGACUGACUCUCUCGUUGAUGUUGUUGGCCAUUCCAAGUUCACAAGGUGAAGGUCGAGUGUGCAUGAAAACAGGUGCUUGCACAUGCGCGACGUUAGAUGGGACAAUAGACCUCAGCUCUCUAGACAGUCAAGGCGAUAAACCUAGGUUCUUCAACAUUUCGGCGACUGACGACACCUUCUACUACACCUGGAAUCCAUGUUCAGACUUCAAUCUGCUCAACACCAGUUUCGUCUGUUCAAGUGUGGCGAUUUGUCAGGGGUACUACGCUGAUCCAAAAGGUCCGCGUUUCUUCAGUCUGGGGUCACAAGCCGGGGUUCAGUUUGAGUACGACGACACAGAUACCCUCACCAUGCAGUAUGUCCACGCAUACUUGAACGCAACCAGGCUGACGGUGAUCCGGCUCGUGUGUGACCAGACUGUGGAGGGAGACCUGAUUGUGCACGGACAACAACCGCCAUCACUGCUGGUUUACGACUUCGAACUGAGAAGCAAGUACGCCUGCGUUGUUCCUUUCCCAACAACAUCCCCACCGCUUACCGUCUCGAAGGAGACACGUGGUCCUCCCACAACAACACCAUCCCCGCAAGUCAGAGACCUCAACACCAUCGUCGUUCUUCUGGCCUGCAUAUUCCUGGGCGUUUGUCUGGUGGCGUUUCUACUGGUGACGCUCAUAUGUGUUCUCCUGUGCAAGCUCCCCAACACAGCAGGCGUCCAUCAUGACCCUCCUGCCAGCGACCGUCACCAAGUAAAGUAUUGAUACAGAAGCUCAUUUGUUUGUUGUUUUAACAUGUGACCAGGUAUGGAACAUCGAAUAAUUUGAUUUUUUCAAGUUAUGUAGUGAAUGCUUUGUUUGAAACCACCCAGGAGAGACCAAGUCUGAUGUUAAGUAAUGUAUACUGUAUAUGUUUGUCAAAAGUCAAUUUUAUAUUAGUGUAAACACCAACAUUAUACAACGAAACACUCAAAACAAAAAUUGUUCAGGAAUCAGCGCACCCACAAGCAAGUUUUUAUGACAAUCUAAGCUUGUUAAGUUUGUUUUGUUAUUUAUGUUUCCAAUAUAUUUCACGAAUUAACCAAGGAGUUAAAUACAAUAUCAAGCUAUUAGCAUUGAGAUGAUGAAAUUAUUUUUUAUCUAUCUAGAUCCAUAAUUAUUUUCAAAAUUUAAAAGUGACACUAAUUUUCGUUCGCAAAGAGAGAUUAUUUCGGAAUUGUCAAGUAAUGUUGUCUCAUGGAACACGCCACAAGUUAACGUGAACAUACAUAUAAUGUAGUCAUUUUCUAUCCUUUUAAAUUAAGUAGAGCUAAUAAACUGAUUUGUCUGAUUUCAUUUAAAUCUGACUGAGGAGCGAAAUACUUUGUAAUGUGUCAAAUCUAUUCCAGAACGUAGUUCAAUGAUGUUUGGCUUGUCGGACAGAAUUGCUGAGGAUCAUUUACUAGUAUUUGUCCGUUGACCCUAAACGUGACAACGAUUUUAUUGUUUGAAUGGUCUCAAGUAUAUCUAUAUAUUUUUUAAACAUAAAACGGGAAGAUGUAGACUUAAAUAUUAAAAACACCAAAAUAUUUUAAAACCGGUUUAUUGAAUGAAAAGAUUAUUGUGUUGAAAAGUGUAUUUUAUAGUGAUCAGUAAAUUUCAUUCAAUAAACUUUUUUUUCUGCGAACAUAUAUUGGAAAGUGAAUUUUUGACAAUUUGCAAACUAUGCUACAUUUUGACGAGAACCAGAACGAGCAUGGGAACCCAUUUUUUAUUUGAUUUGUCGAUACGAAAAUCUGUGCUUAACUUUUACUGUAAACAUUUCAGUAAAUUGUUAAUUUAAUUGAAUACAUCUAUAUGCCGUUAAUCAAUGUUUUUAAAGAAUACAAUUGUUCAACAGACAGGUUUAAGUUUUUUUUUACAUAUGUAGAUUGAUAUAAUUUUAUAAAAUGCAAAAAUAAAGACUAAAGCAUUGACACAAAUGCGAUCCAGAAAAUAUAACAGCCGAACUCUGCGCUUUAUGAACACUGUAACAUUGAGCAAGGUGUCCCGGGCGAAUACAAAGGGAAACCACUCUCAACUAGAGUUUGAACGAAGAUUAGCUCCCCCUGAGCUAUCAAGAAGGUCACGGUCAUUACUGUAGCCUGCCGUAACCUUCCGUUUUGAUCCUUCCCAAAUUAUCGAAAAGGUACGUUGUUUCACACUUCUUCAGCAUGGACUCGGAUAGAAAUAUAUUGUAAGCUAUCGACUCCACAGUUAUGUGGAUCG